AGGAGUUGUUGGAGGCAAGAAAGAAAACUAGAAAAAACACACAUCUGAAAACAUUGAAGCAAUACUAGGGUUCCUACAAUAAUCCUACUGUUGGUUUCACAAUGUCUCAUAUGAAGACUUUUGCUCUUGGCAUUGUUGUCCUUGCUACACUAGUUCUUGCAUCUGAGAGUCAAAUUUCUCGUAAAGACUUAAGCAUCGACCUUGGUGGCGGUGGUGGUAUUGGAAUUGGUACCGGAAUUAGUAUAGGCAUAGGUGGUGGCGCCGGUGGCUCCGGCUCUGGGUCUGGUUCAGGGUCAGGUUCUUUCUCAGGCUCAGGCUCGAGUUCAGGCUCAGGCUCUGCUUCUGGGUCUGGCUCAAGGUCGAGUGCUGGUUCAAGCGUAGGGUCAUCAGCUGGAUCUAGCGCUGGUUCUGGAGCAGGCUCAUAUGCUGGCUCUGGUGCUGGUUCGGGAUCUGGUUAUAAUCAAGGUCAAGGAACAGGUGAAGGUGAAGGUGAAGGUCAAGGUCAAGGUUAUGGCUCUGGCCAUGGAGCAGGCACAGGGUCAGGGUAUGGCGAGGGACAUGGUGAAGGAAAUGGCUUUGGCUCAGGAUAUGGUGAGGGGCAUGGCGAAGGCUACGGUGAAGGAAAUGGCUCUGGCUCAGGAUAUGGUGAGGGGCAUGGUGAAGGCCAUGGUCAAAGGAAUGCCUCUGGCUCAGGAUAUGGCGACGGGCAUGGUGAGGGCCACGGUUAUGGUCAAGGAUCUGGUUAUGGUGAAGGCCAUGGCUCAGGACAUGGCCAAGGAUCAGGGUCAGGCUAUGGUGAAGGAUAUGGUAAAGGUUCAGGCAAUGGAUAUGGAAAUGGUUCAGGCUCAGGCUAUGGUGAGGGCCAUGGCUAUGGCUCUGGUUCUGGCCAUGGGAAAUAAGACAAUUAAUUGUUGAAUUUGCCACCAUGCCAGUGUCUAUAAAUUUAUGUUUGCUCAUGGAAAUUCUAUAUGUAUAAAAAUAAAUAAAUAAUGAACUCCCGUUGUUAAA